AUGGCCGGCGCCAACCCAAGCCGCGACGGCAAUAACCACAAUCUCAGCGAGACGACCAGUAUUUCGUCAAAGAAAUCAGACGUCCUCGUCACAACAAGAGCGUUGGGGUACUCACCACCCCUCCCCAGCUCAGAGCGCUCUAGCUUAGAGUCUUCUUCAUCAUGUCCAUCAUCAACAGAGUCGCUGAUGUCCCAAAGCUCCUCAGAGUCGCGUCGAGGAUAUGAAACUUUCCCCCCUGGAAGAAAUGAAGAUGAUUUGGAGGAGGCCACGCCAGCAGACAUGGACAAGAACAAAAGAGAUGCCAAUGGGAAGGGCAUUGUUCGGAUCAUCAUGGUCUUGACUAUUGGUGUCUUCAUAUUCCAUGCCGACAGCUCCCUCGUCAUGGCUACCCAUCCCACCAUUGCGUCCGAGUUUGAUGCAUUACAUUCAUCGAGUUGGUUGUUUACGGCAUUUGCAUUGGCGGGAGCGGCGACUCAAAAUACAGUGAGCAAGCUCGGCGAUAUCUUUGGACACAAACGGGUCAUAUUGACGUGUUACCUGGUAUUUGCUAUUGGUUGGGGUCUGGGCCAGUCCAUGCCGCAGGUGAUCUUUGGUAGAAUCAUCUCCGGCAGUGUAGGAGCCGGGAUGACAGUACUGGUGUCGCUGAUCAUCACCGCCCUCGUCCCAAUUCGACAAGUCGCCAGCUGGCGAGCAUUCGUCAACAUUCUGAGCACCUUGGGCCGGAGUAUUGGAGCACCUCUUGGGGGAUGGCUUGCGGAUAGAGUCGGCUGGAGAUUCUCCUUCAUUGGCCAAGCCCCAUUGAUGCUCGUUGCAAUGGUUUGUGUUUGGUUCAUCGUUCCAUCCGAUGUGUCGUCGAAAGAGGAGUCACUCCAUACCGGGGAUCAAGAGAGAGAAUCACGACAGCUAUCUCUGCGGGAAAGGCUCGGUCGACUCGACUUCUUAGGUGCUCUGGUCUUAGGACUUUUGAUUCUCUCCCUGUUGCUACCCCUUGAGGUAGGGGGUGUCAAUAUAUCGUGGCGACACCCGGCCAUUCCUACGCUAAUUCUCAGCUCAGUGAUCUUGUUGGGCCUCUUUAUCGGGAUUGAGAAGCGAUGGGCCAAAGACCCUGUCCUGCCUCUGGAGAUCUUCUCCAACAAGUAUGCUGUAUAUUCUUUCGGUAUCAUGGCGCUGCAAGUGGCGGCCCAGGCUGGGCUUAUGUUCUCCGUGCCUCUCUAUUUUCAGGUCACGGAGCGGUUAUCUAACACACAAGCAGGAGCUCGCCUCUUCCCUGCCAUCCUUGGUAAUACAGUCGCGAGCAUCUUAUCUGGAGUGAUGAUCCAGCGGACCGGGAAAUACAAAAAUAUUCUGAUACUCGGCACUCUGCUCUCGGGAGUGUCCUAUAUUCUGGUCUUGUUCAGGUGGAAUGGCAAUACCAGCUUGGUCGAGUCUCUAUACAUCAUUCCGGGGGGCUUCGGAACUGGCCUUGUUCUAAGCGCGGCCUUCAUUUCACUUCAAGCCGCCGUCACUAAGGAGACCAUGAGUCCUGCGAUCUCGGCUCUCUAUCUCUUCACAGGCCUGGGUAGUAUCCUCGGACUAGCCUUCUUAAACGUCAUUCUACAAGGAGUUUUGAGAUCAAGAUUCGAAUCUAGACUGGUCGAUCUUGGUGUAGACAUAGCGAAGCGAAAAGAGAUCAUCAGCAAAGCAACCGCGACUGUGGACUAUAUCGAUCAACUUCCCACUCAGUUAGCGCAAGCACUUAUUGGCUCCUAUGUACACGCACUCAAAUGGAUGUAUAGUGAGUCAUGA